AUGGAAAAAUAUUUGAAAGAAGAGAUUGAAGAAGAAAUUUUGAAUCUAAAAAUUCAUUUUUAUAACUAUGAUGAAUUUGAUGGCUUAGAAAAAAUCGGUGAUAAUGAAUUUGGGCUGACGAUGUAUAAAUCUAAAUGGGAAAAAAGGAACCUUGUGGUUUUUUUUAAAAGUGUAGAAGUUGAUACUAUUCAGAAUGAUAAGACCUUUCAAGGGUUUACUACUGAAGUAUUAUCAUUUUAC